AUGGCUACCUCUAUAGCAUCUCACGAAAGGCUGAUCGACUUUGACCUUGUCCAAACUCACUACAAGAAAGUGGGUAAUCACGGCAUUCGUGCGGAUUUCAUCAUCCCCCAUGCAGAAUGUACCGGGAAACGACCUGUCAUUGUCAGGUUUCAUGGGGGCGGCCUUAUAACUGGAGACUCACUAUCCAUGGAAUGGUUCCCUCAAUGGCUCCUUGAUCUGGCCAAGGAACAUAACGCAGUGAUUGCAACCGCCAACUACCGUUUUCUUCCCGAAGCGACGAGCCUCGACAUCUUCAAAGAUGUCGAGGACUUCUGGACUUGGCUCCACUCCUCAGAGUCUGAAAAGCUCUUGUCGUCAUGUGUAAACCCGACAAAGCUAGAUUUUGACCGUAUCCUUACAGCAGGCGAAUCUGCGGGCGGUCUACUUAGCGUAUGCCUUGCUCUGGCUCAUCCGGACGAGAUCCGAGCGGCAACAGCAAGUUAUCCAUGUCUCGAUAUGGCUUCGGACCACUUCAGAACCCCAAAUCCCGGGCCGUUAACCGAUCUGCCGGUUCCUGAGUCACUGAUCGACGAGACUCUAGCAAAAAUCAAACCUGGAGCUAUUUGCUCGUCCGCUUUCUUGCCCGACCGGCUGGAUUUGACGCUUGCGGCAAUUCACUACGGGCGCUUGACCCGAUUAUAUGAGAGAGGCUUUGAGAACUCACGCCACCGAGAUGUGCGGUACCCGCUAGAAAGAAUAGAACGGCCAGAUGCUAAGAUUCCUCGCGGUGGGAUUGCUAUCAUCCAAGGACUGCAAGAUGACAUCGUGCCCGCCGAAGGCAACCAGAGAUUUACUGAGUUGGCACGCGAGGUCAUGAAAGGAAAGCCGGGGGCUGAUAAGAUCAUACUGACUUUACGAGAAGGUGCCCACGGAUUUGACAUCGCGACUCGGUUAGAAGAGGAAUGGAUGCAAGAACACCUGAAAGCGGCCGUUGAUGCUUGGUUGGCGUAG